AAUGAAAGUUGUUUAAGCACUCAAAUCCACCAAAUUUCCCUUUGCUUCAUUCACUAACAGAGAUGUUAAAUCAGAUUUUCAAUUUCUAAAACAUCACUUUGAGAAUCUAGUCCCUGAUGAGUACUUAUAAAAACGAUUAAAAUUGCCAUCCGAUAAAAUAAUGAGAAAGAGAAGAAUGAUGAAUUAUCAUAUAGAAUUUGAUAAAGAUGGAAACAUGACUAGAUUCCAUGAAGAAUACCGUCUUGAUAAUUAUGAUGAAGCUAAGUGCUUACAACAUGCAAAUAUUUAUGAAGAACUAACUAAGGAGAUGAAAUAAGAUCAAAUUUAUAAAGAUUUUCUUUAUAAUACUCUUCAAAUCACUUGGCAAUUAAAACAGUUUCAAAAAGCAUAAAUCUCUGUUCAUGCUGUGCGAACUGUAUCAUACUCUAAAAUAUUAGAUAUCUUACAUUGAUUAACCUGCUUCACCUACUCCAGAAGGUCCUAAUAGAGAUGGAAAUGAUUUGGAAAUUAUUGGUGUAGUAAAUAAAGUUAAUUGUCAAGGGGCAGAAAGUUAAAUUUACAGUUCUGAUAAAUCAAAAUUAUUAUUUGAAAUGAGUCUGGAACCAGGAGAAGGUUAUAUAAUUGAUGAUAAAUCUCUUUGGAAUUAUGCAACAUCUCACAAACCUAUUGAUUAAUCAUAAUUAGGUAUUAGAGACAUUUUAGGUUUUGUUCUAAAAAUUGAUCAUUGA